CGUGUCGCGCCCGUCAGUGCAGCGCCACAGGUAGAGCGCGGCGGACCGUCGUGCGGAGUGACGCACACGUUCGCGGCGGCACCAGCGGACCGGGCGAGCUCUCGGGCGCAGCGGGUAACGACUGUCGAGAAACUUUGCCAGCACUGUCGUCACCAUGCCGGCAUCAGCAGGCGAUGGGACGGCGCUGAUUUUCUCCGUCAACAAUCAGCCUCAGCAAGUUCUAAAACGAUCAGCCAAUGAUGGCGGCGUCACCAGUGACGUCACGUCCACUACGACGCUGGCCGACUACUUACGCCUGCACCAGCAGCUGCCGGGCACCAAGACCAUGUGUCGCGAGGGCAUGUGCGGAGCCUGUGUCGUCACCGUGACGUCACAGAACCCGGCCACGGGUCAGAUGGAGAGUCGUGCCGUUAACUCCUGCAUGGUGCCCAUCAAGGCCUGCCAGGACUGGCAAAUAGAGACGGUGGAGGGGAUUGGCAAUAGGAGGGACGGCUACCACCCGGUGCAGGCUCGCCUAGCGCACAUGAACGGCACCCAGUGCGGCUACUGCAGUCCCGGCAUGGUCAUGUCCAUGUACAGCCUGCUGAAGUCGAACGGGAAGGUGUCGCCGGAGGAGGUGGAGCAGGCCAUGGACGGCAACCUCUGCCGCUGCACCGGCUACAGGCCCAUCCUGGACGCCUUCAAGACCUUCGACAAGGACGCCGACGACAAGACCAAACGCCUUGUCGCGGACAUCGAGGAGACAGCCGGCUGUCAUGGCCGCUCUGGCGGCUCUUGUCAGCCGACCGUGGCCUGCGCCGGCUGCCCCCGUGCGGCCGCCCUGACUUCGGCCAAGGACGACUGGCGCCUGCCCACCACCCUGCAGCAGGCUCUGAGUGACCUCUCCAACAUGACGGUGGGCGACAAGAGCGUGCGCCUCGUGGCUGGCAACACCUCCAUGCACGCUUCUGGCGUUCUCGACAAGUACGACGCCCCGUCUGACGGCUACAUCUCUCUGCUGAAAAUCCCCGAACUCCGCGCCAUCAAGCGGCCGGCGAACGGCAGCAACUGCCGAAUUAUCCACGACGCUCCCCGAGCCGUGUUCGGCGCGGCCGUCACCCUCUCUGAGCUGAUCGAAGAACUAAAGCUGUUGAGUAAGACCGCCGGGUACCGCCACUGUGCCGAGAUGGUCAAGCAUCUCCAGCUGGUGGCCAACACUCCGGUGAGGAACGCCGGCACCUGGGCCGGCAACCUGAUGAUCAAACGCUCCGAGCGGGACGAACGGAGCAAUCCGCGGCCGGUGACGACUCAGGCGGGGUGCUGGGGAAGUCGUCCCAGACUACACGACUUUGACCUUCGAAUGAAUAGCACCAGCACGUCGCGACGGCAUCUGCCGUGA